AUGAGGCAAUAUUUGACUGUAAAGAAAAAGUGGCUGAGUACUUCAAAUCUGUCUGAAGAAAUGAUUGACAACAUAGUGACAGGGGAAGACCUUGAGAGACUCAAACAAGAAAUGGAGGAUGCUAUAAAUGUUCCUGAAGGUAUGUCAUCCCUAAAGUCAAUUGCGCAGCAGGUGAUUGAUCGAGCAGGUCUGGAAAUUCCACCAUCUGAACCUAGCAGGGGAUUGUUUGAUAGUAAAUCGCAAGUUUCGGAAACAUCUGAGGCCCACAUACCACCAUUGCUGGGUGUCGCUCCUCUUGGUCCAGUACCUUUGCAGAAAGAACACCAGUGCCAGUUCCAGAUGAUGGAAGCUGCAUAUUACCAUAUGCCUCAUCCAUCAGAUUCAGAGCGGUUAAGGCCAUAUUUGCCAAGAAAUCCAUGCCCAACACCUGCGUAUUACAACCAGACUCCGUUGCCACAUUCGGACACUGUGGAAUUUUUCCAGCGGCUGUCGACGGAAACGCUCUUCUUUAUUUUUUAUUAUAUGGAGGGAACAAAGGCACAGUACCUAGCAGCGAAGGCCCUUAAAAAACAGAGCUGGAGGUUCCAUACAAAGUACAUGAUGUGGUUCCAGCGACAUGAAGAGCCCAAGAUAAUCAAUGAAGAGUAUGAACAGCUCGCCGCCGCUGCCGGGAGUGAUGGGAAGGUGACCCGCGGCGCGGCGCGGCGCGGCGCGGCUGGCUGCGGUCAGCGCGCAGCCCGGCGGGACGGGACGGGACAGGGGCGCGCCCAGCGUCGCCUUGGAAGGACUGCCAGGGCUGUCCAAGGCGCCGUCGACGUCGCCAGCCGCAACCGCUGCUGCUGUACCGCGGGGAAUGGAAAGUCUUUAGUGAACAGCUGCAUCGAACCAGUCUUAGGAUAUAUGACUCAGCAGCAGCAGCAGCAACUGCAACAACAACAACAACAACAACAACAACAACAGAUUGUCGAACAGGGUUAA